AUGGCCGUUCCUUCUGCUGCCAUCAAGGCUUCCGGAGUGGAUAUGGGGGACCUCAAGAAGAGACAUGACACCAAGCUUGACGUGGAGGAGAGUGUGAUUGACGAGAAGAUCAAUGAGAAUGAAAGCGACGAAAAGCUGACCGAAAAGCUGACCGAAAAGCUGACCGAAAAGCUGACUGAAAAGACCUCCACCGAGCCCAUUGCUUACGUUGGCAAGUGUCCUGAUGGAACGACUUUUAUUGUGCCAGAGACGGAGGAUAUGUUGACCAACCUGUUUGAUCCUCGAAUCACAAAGUCGCUGACGGACGUGAUCAUCGUAUCGAUUCUGGUCACAUUCAUGGGACUCUUUUUUGUCGUCCCCAAGUCCUGGAGAGUACCUCUCUAUCUGUUUCUGUUUGCCGCAUGGCGUCUGGCCUACAACGGAGGAAUCGGCUGGCUACUUCACAACCAGUCCAACUACCACAAACUCACCAAGUGGGCUCUCAAAUACAAGGUGUUUGACAAGGACAACAAGACGUGGUGGCACCAGCUGAUUAAGCGGGAGUUUGAGACCCGGUUCCAGAACCAGCCCAACUACUCGUUCUACGAGGUACCCGUCGAGUUCAACACCUGGAUUCUUUUCCGACAUGUGGUCGAUCUGAUUCUCAUGUCAGACUUUACCUGCUACUUCAUGCUGGCCUGGUCCUGCGCUCUGUCCGUGAGAACCAACCAGCCCUGGUGGCUUGUUAUUGGACGAUGGCUCGCCGGAGCUCUAAUGCUAGCCUUCAACCUGUGGGCUAAGACUGACGCCCACCGAGUCGUCAAGGAUUAUGCCUGGUACUGGGGAGACUUCUUCUUCCUCAAGGACAUGGAGUUGACUUUUGAUGGUGUCUUUGAGAUGGCCCCUCAUCCCAUGUACUCCAUUGGAUACGCUGGUUUCUACGCCGCCUCUCUCAUGGCCUGUUCCUACACCCUGUUCCUGGCCUCUCUGGCCGGCCACGCUGCCCAGUUUGUGUUCCUAUCCAUCGUUGAGAAUCCUCACAUUGAAAAGACUUACAACCCCCAUCAGCCCAAGCAGCGACGAAAGGCUUCUCACGUCCGAGACCGAUCUUCCAUCCAGCUGGGGCUCGAUCAGAAACAGAAGGAUGAGCUGUCUGCUAUUGUUGAGGGCGACGAGUCCGUUUCUAUUGCCUCUACUCCCAUUUCUACUACUUUUGACGAGCCGGAGACUGUCCAGAAACACUCCCUUCCUCCGUUGGUUGUGUUUAGCAACUUCCAGAUCACUCGAGUCACAGAUAUCAUGACUGUGGGAGCUGCAGUCUAUACAAUGCUGCUCUACUUCCUCCCUGCCAACCGUCUGUGGUACACUGUGACUUUUUUCAUGGCUCUGUCUGCUCGUCUUUUCCACACUCUGGGUCUUGGAGUCAUACUGCGACGACAGUCCGAGCGACGAUCCUUCACCAAGACCUUCCUCAAGUUUGGAAUCUACCCCUUUGAGGCAUACGAGCAGUGGCAAGUGUGGUACAACGUCUCCACCGUGUUGUCCUACACCACAUUUGGUCUCUUUUGCCUGCGACAGUGGAGAGCUCCUUCCACCGAUCCUCUGUGGCCCCUUAAGUACAUUCUUGGCGCUCUACUUAUUGCUCUGCAUGGCUGGACAUCGAAGUCCAUCCAUGACUCUCUUGGGCAUUUUGGAUGGUUCUACGGUGACUUCUUCCUUGACCGAAAGCAGAACCUCACUUACUCCGGCAUUUACAGAUACCUCAACAACCCAGAGCGAUUUUUCGGUAUUGCUGGCAUCUGGGGUCUUGCUCUGAUGACCAACUCUCCAGGUGUUGGUAUUUUGGCCUUCUUGUGGACUCUGGAGGGUAUGGCAUUCAUCAAGUUCGUCGAGCAGCCCCACAUGCAGCGAAUCUACGGUACCAGUAUCCGACACGAUGCUGGUGUGACCAAGACCAUUAAGAACUCUCUCAAGUUGCCUUCUCCCUUUGAGAAACGGGUUCGACAGUUCCAGGGAUCCGUUGACAAGGUUAUCAACGAUACUCUGACUGUGGUCGAGGAGUUCAUUGGACUUGCCAAGCCUACUCUCAACGAAGUUGUCAACGACUCCAAGAUCCUGUUGCGACAGUACCCUGCCAAACUUACCCUUACUCGAAUGCUGGAUGUUCCCGAAAACAUUGACACUGCCGAUUACUCUGUGAAGCUCGUGGGCGGCGAGAAGUGUGCCGAUUCCAACCGAAUUUCGUACGCCUUUGGAACCCCCAUUCAUGUCAAGUGGCAGGCUUCUCCCAACAGAUCGGCAAAGGACUGGAUCGGUCUGUACCGAGUGCACGACAACACUUCCCCUGAGGUGACUUCUCUUCCCUCCAAGGGCCGAUGGUCUGGAAUCGACGAGACUGGCCAUGAGUCGCAUCUCGACGGUAUUGUGUCGUCUUCUAAGACCAAUGGAGAAGUUGUUUUCCGAGGGGACACACUCUUCUGGGAGUGUGGAGUCUACGAGUUCAGAUACCACCAUGCUGGCAAGCACACUGUGCUCAGCACCUCGGAACCUUUCGAGAUUGUGGCUCCUAAGAUUGAUCUAUCUGGAGAGGUGGAUGCAAAGACUCUGGCUCUUGAGAUCCUCCCCAUCGUCCAGCGAUGCUUCUCUCUAUCUAUGGAGUUCCCUCCUGAGGAAGUGGACGACUACUGGGCUCUUGAGGAACCCAAGGUGAUCAACAGAGUGCAGGCUGCCGUUCAGGCGUAUUUCAACGUUGAGCUGGCGCAGGAGGUGCUUCAAUCGGAUGAGUCUGUGGAGAAUUUGGCUGAGCGACUGCUCAGAAUUAGAGACGCCCUUAAAGGUCUUACUGUAUAA